UAUGAGUGAUUCAGAUGAUGAUAUUUUUAAAAAGAAGAAACAAAGCAAAAAGAAAAUUGAGCAAUAACAAAAACAAUAACAAUAGUAACAACAAUAAUAACAAUAAAAAUAACUUAAAUAAGAACUAAAUCAACCAGAAUAAUAAUUAAACAAUCCUAAGAAUCCUAAAUAGGUCAUCUAUUGCAAAGUAUGUACAUUACCUGUUGAAUUUUGUUCAUUUUCUAAAGCUCCCUAAGAAUGCAAAGAAUGGUUAAAAACAUCAUUUAAAGAUCUUUAUGCAAAUAUAUAUCCAGAAGAUGUCAAACUAGAAUAAGAAAAAUAAGCCAAUCUCUAAUAACCACAAGAAUAAAUAGCAUAAUAAUAAUAAUAAGAUUAACCUCCUGAAAAAAAGAAAAAGAAGAAAGUCAAGGUGACAGAAAGUGAAAUGGUGUAUAUAAAAGUUAAAGAAAGAAACAGGACUAAAUUUAUAACAACUUUAUCAGGAUUAGAAAAACAUGGUAAUAAUUCUACUUAUUUAAGGUCUUGAUAUCAAAGAAGCUUAAAAAAAAAUUAGUAAAAAAUUUGGUUGUGGUUCUUCAAUCAAUGAUAAAGGAGCUAUUGAACUAUAAGGGGACUUGAGUGUAGAUUUAGAGGAAUGGCUUCCAAAAGAAUAUCCAACAAUUAAAGAAGACAUGAUUGCAAUUCAAGAAAAAUGAG